UGUAAAUUAAGGAGACAGUUUUAUCUGAAUGAAAUGCACAUGCCUGGUGAUGUGAUUCUGGGUGGGCUGUUUGAAGUCCACUACACCUCUGUCUUCCCUGAAUUGACAUUCACAUCAGAGCCACAUCAGCUCAUCUGCCAAGGCUUCGACCCUCCAGCAUUUAGGCAUGCAAUGACCAUGGCCUUUGCAAUCUAUGAGAUCAACAAAAACUCAAAUCUGCUACCAAAUGUGACUCUGGGAUACAGUCUUUAUGACAACUGUGCCACACUCGUAAUUGGAUUCAGUGCUGCGUUGUCACUGGCCAGUGGUCGAGAGGAGCAGUUUCUGCUUCAGGAGAACUGUUUUGGGACCCCUCCAGUCCUGGGGAUUGUUGGUGAUUCCUUCUCAACAUUUUCGAUUGCCACCUCUGAUGUGAUAGGUUUAUUCAAACUGCCCAUUGUGAGUUAUUUUGCCACAUGCUCCUGUCUGACUAAUCGCCAGAGGUUUCCAUCCUUCUUUAGAACAAUUCCAAGUGAUGCUUUCCAGGUGCGUGCCAUGAUUCAGAUUCUUAAACGCUUUGGCUGGACCUGGGCAGGUCUGCUGGUCAGUGAUGAUGACUAUGGACUCCAUGUUGCCCGAUCCUUGAAAUCGGACAUGACUCAGUCUGGUGGAAGCUGUUUAGCCUACACAGAGAUUUUACCCUGGGGUGACAACCCAGCUGAACUGAAGAGGAUUGUGGAAGUGAUGAAGAAAUCCACAGCUCGUGUGGUCAUUGUGUUUGCACAUCAGAUCCACAUGAUUCAACUCAUGGACGAGGUGGUGAAGCAGAAUGUGACAGGCCUGCAGUGGAUGGCCAGUGAAGCCUGGACAGCAGCUGCUGUUCUCCAGACUCCCCGUCUUAUGCCUUACCUGGGUGGCACACUAGGAAUAGCCAUCCGACGAGGUGAAAUACCAGGGCUCAGAGAUUUUCUGUUAAGAAUACGUCCUGACCCACAUUACAUCAAUAACAAUGGAAAUAGCAUGGUGAGGCAAUUUUGGGAAUACACAUUUCAGUGCAGAUUUGCACCACCUCCAGCAGGUUGGGUUGAAGCUGGGGGAGUGUUAUGCACUGGGCAGGAAGACCUGGAGAAUGUGGAAACUGAGUUUUUGGAUGUUUCAAACCUUAGGCCUGAAUACAACAUUUACAAGGCUGUGUAUGCUUUGGCAUAUGCCCUUGAUAACAUGCUGCACUGUGUGCCAGGGAGAGGCCCUUUCAGUGGGAACAGCUGUGCUACAUUGCAAAGACUGGAGCCAUGGCAGCUUAUGUAUUACUUGGAAAAGGUCAACUUCACCACACCAUUUGGUGAUGAAGUGUCAUUUGAUGAGAAUGGUGAUGCCUUACCAAUAUAUGAUAUUAUGAACUGGCUGUGGCUCCCUGAUGGAAGAACUAAAGUUCAGAAUGUUGGAGAGGUGAAGAGGUCGGCCCUCAAAGGUGAAGAACUGACAAUUGAUGAAGACAAAAUCUUCUGGAACUUUGACUCCAAGCAGCCACCCCGGUCAGUGUGCAGUGAGAGCUGUCCUCCAGGUACCCGCAUGGCCAGGAAAAAGGGCCAGCCUGCCUGCUGUUUCGAUUGUGUCCCUUGUUCUGAGGGAGAGUUCAGCAAUGAAACAGACUCCAUGGAGUGCACCAGUUGUCCAGAGGACUUCUGGUCCAGCCCCCAGCGUGACCACUGUGUUCCUAAAAAGACGGAGUUCCUCUCCUACCAUGAGCCUCUGGGUAUCUGCUUGACAGCUGCCUCAUUGCUGGGAACAUUUAUCUGCGCUGUUGUCCUGGGCAUCUUUACCUAUCAUCGCAGCACACCCAUGGUACGAGCCAACAAUUCAGAACUGAGUUUCCUGCUCUUGGUUUCACUUAAACUAUGUUUCCUGUGUUCACUUCUGUUUAUUGGCCGCCCCAGGCUGUGGACAUGCCAGUUGAGACAUGCAGCAUUUGGGAUCAGCUUUGUGCUUUCUGUUUCAUGUAUUCUGGUGAAAACCAUGGUGGUUCUGGCUGUGUUCAAGGCCUCCAAGCCAGGAGGUGGAGCCAACCUGAAAUGGUUCGGGGCUAUGCAGCAGAGAGGAACAGUUAUUGUUCUUACUUCUAUUCAGGCUGCAAUCUGCACAGCUUGGCUUGUCUCUUCCUCACCAGCUCCUCAUAAAAACACCCAAUAUCACAAUGACAAGAUAGUUUAUGAGUGUGUAGUUGGGUCCACAGUUGGUUUUGCAGUAUUACUUGGUUACAUUGGAUUACUGGCCAUCCUCAGCUUCCUGUUAGCAUUUCUGGCAAGAAAUCUUCCAGACAACUUUAAUGAGGCCAAACUAAUUACAUUUAGUAUGCUAAUCUUCUGUGCUGUGUGGGUGGCCUUUGUCCCAGCUUACGUGAACUCUCCAGGUAAAUAUGCAGACGCAGUAGAGGUUUUUGCCAUCCUGGCCUCCAGUUUUGGUCUCUUGGUGGCGCUGUUUGGACCCAAAUGUUACAUAAUCCUGCUCAGACCAGAGAGGAACACAAAGAAAGCAAUCAUGGGUCGAGGAGCCACCAAGUCAUAA